CAUGUCAUUAUUUUCUUAAUUUUGGAAAUCUGAACAGGAAGAUUUCACCCGGACAACCCCACCAAAUACCAGGCUGUCCAUGUAAAACCUGGACAGGUGGCAACCCUACUACAAAUGUAUUUUUUUUUUAUUGAUACUUUAAUUACUUUUACUUUUUUUUAUUCACUUUUAUUUACUUUUGAAGCUGCUAAACUAGAUUGCUGGAAUUGCUGAAAGCUGGAGAGCUAAUAAAGUCAUAAACCACAAGUAAUGAAAACCAAUUGCAAAUUGUCUCAGAAGAUCACGUCAUACUAAAGCUAACUUGGAGGAGAACGAUCCCUUUCAAACUUCUAACAAGCCGAAACAUCAGUGACGAAUCUAACUGGAACGCGCAUUUACUCAUUCCCCAGAACCCGCAUCGCUUCCCAUACGUCACUUCCAGAUACAGACUGGCUCCAAAACUCAGUACUAGACACGUGAUGCCUCUCGCUGCCCCCUGGCGUGGUUUGUUGGAACAGACGCCGAUCACUGCUUACUAACCAAUGAAAACACCGUUUUUUCAGCUAUUCGUGACAGCACGGGGGGGCGUGGUUAGAAAUUGAAGGCGGCGCUAUGAUUAGUUGGUGAGUGCCUGUCCCAGUGCUGGUAUGAAGGAGGCAAAGAGCUGGUUGUUACCUGUCAGGACUGGAUUAAAGGAGACAAUGAAGAUAUCUCAUUGGCUGUAAUAUUCCGGCACCAUGACAGGUCUAUGUCUACUGCUGCUGAUCUGCCAUCUAAGCUCUUCAGUUCUGGCUGUGCUGCGGAGUCCAGAGAAUGUCCAGAUCCAUUCUGUAAAUUUUCAGCACAUACUGACAUGGGAGGACACCAAUAAUAACUCUCUUGUCUACUACAAGGUGCAAUAUAAGACUUCCAGGCUCAGACGCUGGUCUGAUGUUUCUGCUUGCGUCAAUAUCACGAAACAGCGCUGUGAAUUGACGGAUUAUUUUACAGACCUGAAUGGAAAGUACAGAGCAUGCGUUCUCAGUUUUACUCACAACGAGACUUCCAAUGCAACAACCUCGUCAGAAUUCAAUCCAAUAUCCGAUACUGACCUGGGUCCUCCAAUAGUGAAUAUAUCUGCCCAAGGCAGGAAUGUGACCAUUAAUAUUCACGCUCCGAAAUCCUACUUUAAAGGAACUCCUUCCAUGCUGCACGAUAACGUCUACCCGUUAAUGAUUUAUGUCUUUAAGCGGUGGCUAAAUAAUGAGAAGCUUGCAGAAUUCGAGAAUGUGACCUAUAAAGAAGAAUUGACAUUUGUGGAAAGUAAUUUGCCCCCGAACACAAAUUACUGCGUAUCGAUAAUUGUGUCGGCUUCUCUUAAUUUAAAUGGCAAGAUUAUCCCAUCUGCCCUGAAAUGUGUAGCCACCACGGCUGAUUCCCAGCCUCCAUAUGUUGUUAUUGUAGUUAUCGUUAGCAUUCUAAUUCUGAUUGCAAUAGUGUGUGUACUCAUUGGACUCGACAGAGCCGGGUACAUUUGCAUGGGAUGGAAUUUCUUCCCCAAAGCUUUGAAAUCCUUUCCGACGUCGGUGAGUAUGGAUGGAAAUAAGGAAUAUGUCUGCCCUGCACAGAUUGUGUCAGUAGAAAUCCUCAAUAAUACAGAGAAGGAAGAGUGCAAUGAUAGUGAUGAGGAAAUGUGUGGGCAAGGUUAUGCCGCAAGGAAGAAGUUUCUGGACAGUGCUCAGAAUGAUUCCAUCUCCACUCUACAAACCUCAGCCCCUUCCUCUUCCAAUGAAUCCAGUGGGCAAGACUGUAGUUCUUCUGCCGGGGCAGAAUUUCCAAGGAAACCGCUGCUAGAUCUCCAUGAGAGCUGUGCUUCUGAUUUAGAACUGCCACAGGCUGUUACCCCAUGCCCCAUGCUGAUAAACAGCGCUGGGGUCUUCAACAUCAAUUUGAACUCUGUGUCUGUUGGAAAUCCUGGCGAUCUGUGGACAGACGUUAAAAACCAGGCGCCGCCCAUAGAAGAACAAGUCGAUAUAAUGACCCUAGAUGUGCCGGAAGUUCCUCAGACUCCCCAUGAUCUCAGACUCGUUACGAAUAUAUCAAAUGUGGGUGCUUGCAUGGGGCCAGUUUCGGAGGAGUGCAGUUCAGCGGAAUCAGGUGCCUCAGAUGAUAGUGAUGCUGAUUCUGGGCCAGAGGAGAUGGAGAGGCCCUUUGCUUCAGAUUAUAUGAGUCGAUGAGCUCUGCUGGUGUUCAGAGACAGGUUAUUACUAAUCAGGGAUAAACCACAUGGAUCUUUAUUCUGGUCAGUUCUUUCCUUUUUAUAUGUCCCAAUUGUGAACUGGACAGUGAUGGGACUGCAAGUGCCGGGGAGCCUGGGCAGUGCUUAAUGCUCAUGAAGUGUUACAGUUUUGACUCACAGUGUAACUGCCCCUUUGGCCUGGAGAAGCUUUGGCAAAGGUUUUUUUUCCUGUCUGCAGUCCACUCAGGUAGUCAGACUUGGCCCAUGCAGGGCCGCCAUUAGAAAUCACGGGGCCCCUUACACCAACAUUUUAUGGGCCUGCUCCAGAUCCCGGCCACACCUCAGUUAAAAGACCACUUAGAUAUCAGCGCUAAAAACGGUACCCCACACACACACAAAUUCUAAAAAGCCAUUGAUGGUGAGGCCCCCCUUAUAAGUUUAAAAAAAACUGUGGCGCCAGGGCCCCCUUUACAAGUUAAAAAGAAACAUU